UGUGUCCAGUCACGUGAAGUUAGUGAUGUUUAGUCAUAGCCACAGGAUCAGAUGUUUUUGACAGCAGUUCUGGGGAAGUAAGGUGAUAUUCCUACUUCAACUCGCUUUAUUUUGUGGAAGGGAAGUGGCUAUAGUGUGUGAGGGGAGCCGUGGUACGCCUGUGGUAUAAUUUCUGUGCGGCGUUCAACGGUUGUGUCGUUACUGGUAACUUCCUGCAAAGGCUAGGCAAGAAAAAUAUUUGUCCAGCAACAUGAAAUUAUGACCAAAGUUUGUCCAUUCUGAAUGACGCGAGUUUUGAUGGAAGAUGAACGCGAUCAUCGCGCUGUGCCACUUCUGUGAGCUGCACGGUCCCAGCGUGCUGUUCCACACACAGGCCUUCCACUCCAGGGAGCCGCAGGCCUGCAGAUCAGUGCCCUCAGGGCAUCCAGGUUUCAUCAGCAAAGACCCAGACACCAAGAUCAGCUAUGUGAGCAGCCAGUACCCAGAACAUCCCCAACUCUUCAGUAUCGUCAGACAGGCUUGUGUCCGCAGUCUCAGCUGUGAGGUGUGCCCUGGGCGAGAAGGUCCCAUAUUUUUCGGAGAUGAUCACUGGGGUCAUGUGUUCAGCCACACCUUCUUCAUCAAGGACAGCCAGGCCCGAGGCUUCCAGCGCUGGUACUCCAUCAUCGUCGUCAUGAUGGACAAAAUCUACCUGAUCAACUCAUGGCCCUUCUUAGUCAAGCACAUAGGAGAGAUCAUCAGUAAGCUACAGGACAAGGCAAUUAAGGUAUAUGAUCAGGAGCAGAACCAGUGUCCAGAGAGAGCCAGGAGAAUGAACGAGUCCUUUAUGGCACCAGGGGAUUUCUUUCGCCGGCAGCGUGGUGGGGAUCACUUCAGGUCACUUGUCACACUCACAAAAGAUGAUGGUUUAUUCAAGUGGCUGCACCAGUGGUUUGUCUGGGUGCUGAAGGCUGGAGGAAACAGGAUGACAGAGAAACUGCUGGAAGGGCCUCCAACAGAAGAUGUGCUAAUAGACAUGGAGAAGCAGGAAGAAACGGAAGAAGGUUUCAUUAAGAUCAACACCAAGCCUAUUCCAAGCCCUGACCAACCCACAGCUACUGAAGAGGUACAACAGACAUCCCCACCAGAGACAGAGGAGGCUGGUGCAGAGGGGGACACAGACAGUACAGCUCCUGUAUUCACAUCCUUAAGACACUUCAGACAAGUAAUUGGCAGUCAAGGGUUCCAUGCUAUUGCACACCAUAUCCUGAUCGGUAAUCAGGUCAUCAUCCGAGGAGAGAAAAGAGCCACAAUGGAAUCAAUCAUCAAUGUUUUGAAGUCAUUACUACCAAUGGGAUGCUGCCGACUGGUUCCGUACAGCGCCACCUAUGAGGACUCCUGGAAGUGCAACUUCCUGGGUCUCCCACUUGUGGCACAGAUUCCUGCACACGUCAUGUCAUCAGAGUACUACGUCAUCAUUGAUGUGCUAUCACCAGCAAAAGUGCAACAGACACUGGAACCUGAUGUGUUCUUUCAGUACUCCUUCCUCAUGACCACAAAGGCUCAGUUACCAGAGAAAGGUCCUGCCAUCCUACAGAAGAUAGAACUUGCCCUGGAGAAUGAGAAUCUGUCCAGUGCAGUGGUAGAUGCCUGCUUGGUGUCCCUCAAGGAGGAAUGGAUGAACAAAGUGAAGGUGCUUUUCAAGUUCUCUCGAGCCGGCAGUCGCUCCCGAGAAGACACGCUGAAGCUGCUGCAGGUUCUGGAGGCUACGGAGGAGGACACACAGAUGCUGAAGUUCUGGAUGACGGGACUGAGUAACCAACACAGGACACACAUGCUGUCAUCAGCAAUCAGCACUUCACCUCCAGUAUAACUUGUCACUAUAACUGUACAGAUGGGAUCACUGGUUGUUUCCAUUGUUAGCUCAGGAAUGAUACAAUGUAAAAUGUAAAGUUGUUGCUAGAACAUACAUGUAGAGAAUAGUGAAUUCAGAUGCUGAUAUAAACUUCAGAGUAAAAGCCUUUAUUUUGAAAUACACCAAUAUUUUCAUUAUUUUGGUGUUGUAAGGCUAUAUCCGGAAAUGUCUAUGUUGGGAAAUACAUGGGAAGUUAUUACAAUGUGCACAAAAAUGUAUUUGUGUCAAGUGGUAACAGUACUAGUGCUGCAUAUUUCUAAUGAUAAAUUGUAUGGUACAUGUAUGUUAUUCAGUGCAAUGAACUGUAAUUUUGAAUUGUAAAUAUAAACAAUGAAGACUAUGUCCUUAGAAUUACCGUUAAAAUACAAUGCAUAUGUAUGGUUUGAUAUGCAGUUAAACUGUUAAUGCAAUAUUUGGUACAAAUGUAUCAUUGAAAAUUGUUGGUAGCAGGAUUAUGGCACUAAAACUAGUUACCUGAUUAAGAAUUGAUAAGAAAAUCCAAUCUAUAACUAUCUAUGACGGUAGAAAUAACAACUUCUCAAUAAUAGAA